CAGUUGCUCACAUCGGCCCCUACCGAGCUCCCUGGUAGGUCAGACCUGGGCCAGGUUCACCUCGGCCCUCAUACUUGGCUUUCGCCGGCGUUGGUGGCAGCCAUCUCGGCUAACCGAGCUGGGCAUGACUCAUGGGCCAUCUUGGAGCACCAAUAGGGGUCCUCCACGUGUCCAGGGUAUUUUCAUCCCCAAACAUCAUACACUUCAUUUACAUACCAACUGUAUUAUCCUAUCUAAAAUCAUUCUCUUUGAACUAUUAUGAAAAAAAAAAAUUGACACGAUUAUAAUAUGAAAAAAGAAUAUGCCACCCCAGCAGCACAGAAUUUUUCACAAUCGCAAAUUGCCCCAAUCAAGAGAUUUCGAGCUCUCUUUUUUACUUCUGGCUCAUCAAGAAUCCUUCACUAGUGGGCCCCACAAACCUUUUGACAAGGCCCAUUAGUAAGUCCAGCCCACAAUCCCAACUCCUUUGUCAGGUGAUUCCUCUUUUUGCCAUGGGCAUCACUGCGAUGAUUUCACCAAAUUGAUCCGGCCCAUGACCUCAAGUCUUUGUUGGCCCAUCCUCGUUUUAGCGAACUUCUUAAUGUACAAAAUUUGAGUGCUUAAAUUCCAAAUUUUUAUAGUGCAUAAAUAUGAUCUAUAAAUAUAUAUUUUAAAGUUAAACACUCAUUUUUAGAAUAAGAGCUGACAUAAGUUUAGCUCAUACGGUACGGUAAUUGACACAUUUCUCAACUAAAAAGUCGUGAAUUCGAAUACCCCAAAUCUCACUUGUUGUACUAAAAAAGAAAGGUAUUUUUAGAAUAAAAUAUUUUAAUAUUUUACAAGUACUUUACCAUUUUCAAAGUUACGUUUAUUUUAUCAAAAUCCUCCAUUUUAUCCAAAGGCUUCGGAAUUGGAUCAAUGUUUGAGCAAUUAGGCUAUAAGCUAAGCAUUCGAGAUAUUCAAGCAGCCAAAAUAUCAUCUUGUCACUUUCUUAUGGCAUUCAAAGUUAGAAUUAAAAUUUGAAAACUACCUCUAUUUUAUCUUCUCAUUCAUUUAUCUCUCGCUUCUGUGUUGCGUGUGAAAAUUGAAAACACACAUGGUUAGAUAGUAGUAAGUAUUUAUUUUGUCUACCUCCAAAAGUUUUAAACUUCAAAUUGUAUAAUUGAGUUUGGUUAUAAAUUGUCAAUGUAAAUUAAGAGAUCUGUUUAAAUAAUAGAAAAAUGAAUGUUUUCAAAAAAAUAAUACAAAAAUGGAAAUGAAGUGGGUAAAACAAAGGUAAAAUUAAGGAAUAUUAGAAUAAAGGAUAUAUUGUUUAAUUGAAAUGGUUUAGGUAAUUCAACUAAAACACAUUAGGGAAAAAAAGACGUGUAUAAAAAACUCCAUCACAUCCACUUCAUUUACAUCCUAACUAUAUAUAAAUAUACCCCACUCUCGGAUCAUUUUCCUUUAACUCCCCAAAUUAAUGGCCAAUCCAACCAAGUUUCCACUCUCUCUUCUUCAUUCUCAUCUAUCUUCUGCUGACUCAUCUAGAAUCCUUCUCCACAUGGCCCCAUAACUUUUUGACCUGGUCAAAUCCACCUGCUGCUAUAGGCCCAUUACUAAGUCCCAGCCCAGAACCUGCUCUUGUCAUGGGCCUCACUGCGACUUCAAUGAUAUCACCGAAUGGACCCGGCCCACAACUCGGGUCUUUGUUGGCCCAUCAUCGAAUCCUACAUUGUCAUUCUUCAUGCAUGAUGUUUUGGGAGGGUCCCACCCAUCUACCAGAGUGGUCACCGAAAUCACAGCCCAAUCGGACACCGCCGCCGCCGGCCUUCCGUUCUCCAAACCCAACAAAAACAUCUUCCCUCUCCCCGGCGGAGUCCCACUGAUCAACUAUAACAAAAAUUACAACAGUGGAAAAGUUUUGAGCGCUGGUCAACUCACGGCCAUGGACGACGAGUUAACGGAAGGUGAAGAGUUGGGAUCCGCCAUUAUGGGCAGAGGACAGGGAUUCUACUUUGUUAGCUCUUUGGACGGCUCCAGCCAUACCAUAGCAUUCACCGUCGUAUUGCACCAACAUAAUCAAGACGACAACAAGGAUGAGGAUACGAUAAUCUUCUUCAGGGUCCAUCGUAGAGUGUCGCUGGAAUCGCCAAUUGCGGUGGUUGGUGGUAUCGGAAAGUAUGAGAAGGCCGAAGGGUUUGCGAUGAUUGAGAAUCUCCGCCGUCGGGAGAACCAACAUUAGACGGAGAGGAUACGAUUGUCCAUUUCACUGUUUAUCUCUCCUAGUAUUUCUUUUUCUUUUUUUUUUCUUUGGUGUUAAAUAAAUGAAGUUAUUUCACCUAGGGUAAUUUAUUUUAAUAGUAUUUUUUGAACAAUGAUCAAACUUACCACCUCUAAGUGAGAAAUAUACGUCAAUUAUGCUCUUUUGAAGAGCAUAGAACAUCCACAACUGUUAGAUAAAAAUUAGAGAGCAUAAUUUAUUGUCUCUCAGUUCUGGUAAAGGAGAUUUUUGAAAAACUGAAGGUAUUUUCAAAAUAAAUUGAAAAAAACGGGUGGGUUUUGAAGUAUUUGGGUUUUCAGGGUGUUGCGUCUUUUUGAAAAACGCAUUUGAGACUUUUUAAGUUAACUGACAGGAUUCCAUCAGUUGAGUCCUGACGGAGUUACUAUGGAUGCGUCUCUUAAAGAGACGUCUCUUAAAGAGACGCAUCCGUAUUGGAAAUACAAUCCACUUUUGGCAGUUCGGGGUGAAGAGGUUCCUCAAGGAACCUCUUGUGCACCACGAUUCCAGUAUUCCUUCUUUUAUUUUUUUUAUUUUUUUUAUUUCCCUUAAAAUUUCAUUUUAUUUCCCUUCAAAACUCCGUCAAGUUUUCAUUCUUCCUCUCACUCUCCCAUUUUUCCUCUCACUUUCACUUUCUCAUUAUUCACCCUCAUUUUAUCUUCACCAUCACUCUCAUUUUAAUCCUAUUUUUGUUUCUUUCCCUUCUUCCCUUCCAUUUUUUGUUUCCUUCCUUUCUUCCCUUCCAUUUUAUCUUCACCAUCAUUCUUCUAAGGUAAUUGUUAAUUAUUUUAUUGUUAAUUUUUUUAAUUCUUAGUUUUAUUAUUAAUUUUCUUUUGUUGUAGGAACCGUUCAAAUUUAAUAGAAAUAGCAAACUUGGAGCGAGAUUUUGUCUACAACAUAGAUCGUAGGAGAAGACGACAACGAACAGGAGCUAAUAUCCUUGAUGAUAAUCCGAAUGACCAAGAAUAGGAAUUAAGUUAAGUCUUAAUUUUUUUCUAAGAAUUUUGAAGUUUGUUUUAUAUAUGAUGGUUAAAAAUGAUAAAUUCUAGCCUAAUUAAGUUACGAUCAAAGUUUUAUUUAUUAAUUCAAACAGUUUCUAUCAAUUUUUAUAAUUUUCGUGAAUUUUUUUGAAAUAUCCAUUGACAUCAAUAUUUUAAACCUUGCUUAGUUAUGACAAAGAUGUAAACAUGAUUAUAUUACACAUAAUUAUAGAGAAUUUGAAAAAAAAUAUAUACCUUACAGGAAAAAAUAGGGUUUUGUGGGUUUUAUUCAAUA